AUGGGUAGUUUGGAAAUUUUCCCUUUGAACAAGAAGCGCAAUAUCACAGGAUCCUAUAGUGCACAAUUUGAUAGCUUAAUGGAGAAGAUCGAGGAAGUGGGUAUUGAGAAAUGGAACGAGUACACGUUCGUGUAUUUGAACCCGGAAAAGGGUUCGAAGAAGGUUCUGGUGAAGUGUCUUGUGAUUGAUGGAACAUUGAGUGUAGAUGCUUUGGCUGAUGGGGCUUCUCAGAACGUUCACUGUGAAUUUAAUGUUGGUGAUUAUGUGCAAGAAAAUGAGGGCAGUAAUUACUCAUCACAGUUUAAGAACUUGAACACCCUAGUGAAGAAUCUCAACGCUCAAGUUUUGUUGAAAUUGAAGGAGUCUUCCACACCCAAGGCAACAAGGUAA